AUGGUUAGAACAUUAGCUUUUCCGCUUCCGCUGCUGCUCGUGGCGGCCAUGUUGGGCCUCGGUGUGCCGCUUGCCAACGGUGCAUCAUCGAUCACGGUGGAAAAGUCGGCGUACAAAAACGUUGUCAUCGAGAUCAGGGAUAACGUGCCGGUGGACAACUGCCAAACGAUACUGCAGAAUCUAGAGAUCAUGCUAACGUCGGCUUCGCAGUACCUGUUCAAUGCGCUCGAUAGCCGCGUGUACUUCGGCGAGGUGUCGGUGAUACUGCCGAACCACUGGCCGCAGUCCUGCAUCCCGUACAAUCAGACGCGAACGUCGGCGAGCGGCGAAACGGCCGACGUAACGAUCCGGCCGCAAACGAAGGCGGAACCAUCGAUCUGGACGCAGCAGUACGCCGGCUGCGGGGAGGCGGGCGAGCAGAUCUACAUCGACCCGGACAUUCUGGGGCGGGAAACGAUCUGGCGGGAGUUUAUCCGCGAGUGGGCCAAGUACCGCUACGGAGUGUUCGAUGAGAUCGGGUACGAUCGGGAUCCGGUGUAUCCGCGGUGUUACAUCAACGACGAGCACAAGGUGAAGCUGACCGGCUGUUCCGACGCACCGGUGAACGAUGAGGGACUCUGCGGCAGUCCUUCGUCUCCAGUGCCCGUUCCGUACAACAUCAGUCGCAUCUUGGACCCAAAUGCACGCACCAGUAUCAUGUUCGCGGCGGAAUCGAAGAGUGUUACCAUGUUCUGCGACGAAGGCACUCACAAUCGGUACGCACCGACCAAGCACAACCAGCUUUGCGACCGCCGUAGCACGUACGAUGUCAUCCUCAAGCAUUCCGACUUUGCGCCUCAGAACCAGAUGGAGUUCAACCCGUCGGUGAUCAUCAACACGGUGCCAAAGUUUAGCUACAAAUCGCGCAAGCUCACUCGCUACGUGAUCGUGAUCGGUCAGACGUUUGUGAUGCGCGAGCGGGAAACUUGGAGCUUCCUACGCCGAGCUAUUCGGAAGUGGAUCGUCUAUGACCUACCGGCGACGAAGACUGAGAUCGGAAUCGCGCUAGCGAACGACACGGCCACGUACGACAUGCUACCGAUCACUUCACUGCAGAUCGAGAAGAACAAGGACCGGAUCGCAUCGUUUAUCCCGUACACCUCGAGUGACCUGAACCGCCCAACGUGUCUCAGCUGUGGCAUCUCCGAUGCGAUUCACAUGCUUAAUGAGCAGACACGCCACCACGGACCAGCAAGUUCGGUCAUACUGGUGAUCGCACCCGGUAUGGAUAUCGAGCAUGAGUCGUUGGCACGAUCGGCGCGUGCUUCCAAGAUCCGCAUCGCUACCAUCAACUACCCGAUCGUGGAACCACGCCGACCCCUGGAUGCGCUGGCACACGAGACGGGUGGCAGUGCCUACUCGGUGUUCGAGUGUCGCGACAACUCGGAAAAGUCUCUGGUAAGCACCUACUUCGAGAUGUCGAGCGCACUGUACAACAUCGGCAAGCAGUACUACGAGGGUAAUCGAAACGAGUUCCCGGUUGAGAUCUUCCGGCGGGUACUGGUCGACUCGGUGGGCGAGACGAACUCCCAGCGAAGCAGCCGUACGGUCACCGGAAACUUCAUGCUCGAUCCCUUCAUGGGUCCACCGGCCGAAUUCUUCAUCUACGUGCACAACUCCGAGAAUCCGCUCGUCUCCAACGUGCGUCUCACCAACCCCAAUGGCAUCGUAUACGCAUCGAUGAGCGAUGCGCGGGCCUCGGUCCGGCAGCUAUCCCUGCUGGCCACCAUCAACGAGACCGGCAUCUGGAACUACUCGAUCGAGCGCUUCCAGGGUAAUCCUCAGCCCCACUACGUGCAGGUGAUCGCAACACCACGCUCGAAGUAUGCUCCGGUCAUAACGGCACGCGCCUGGGUUCACCGAGGAAAGGCCGGAGGUCCGAUGGUGGUGUUUGCCGAGGUCAAGAAGGGUGACCUGCCAGUAGUGUCGGCGCAGGUGGAGGUGGCGGUUACGAAGCUGGAGCGCAUCUGUGAGCGUUUCCGAGAGCCUGCAGCGGCGGCCCAGGGAAGCGAGCGGUUUGUCUUGCUGGACACAGGUGCUGGAGAUCCGGACAUUACGAAGGGGGAUGGUGUGUACUCGCGGUAUUUCAACGCGGACGAAUUCGGUGGCCCGGGAACCUACCAGCUGGAGGUGACGGUCAGCGAUCGAGGAAACACGGCCUAUACUCUAGCGGAUGGUGCUAGUUACACCACAUCGUCCAGUGUUCAGCCGGGACGUUGCUGUGGUAGUUCCGUGCCCAUCCCGCAAAAGCAAUCGCUGGACUCGUUCGAACGCAUCCUUCCUCCGAUGACGGUGUUCGUCAGCCAGGCGGAUCUCGUCAAUGCGGCUAAGGUUCCCGUCGGUCGCAUCAGCGAUCUCAGUGCGGACGUCGAAGGCAUGAAGGUACGGCUCAGCUGGACCUCACCCGACAUGGGCGGCAAGAACGUGGCCCGGUACGAGGUGAAGUACGCCACCACGAUCAAGGACAUCGUGGACAACUUCGAUACGGCGGCCGUCCUGUGGCAUCACGACACUCCGUUUACUUUCUCGAUCGGAGAAGGAAGUGAGUUUACGAUGAACAUCACCCACGAGCCGCAUCUGUUCGGCCAGAUUCUCUACUUCGCGGUACGCCCCUACGCUACCCUCACGAAGGACGCUGAGCCGGGUCCGAUCUCCAACUAUGUGCGUGCGUUUGUAACGAAACCUAAACCAACGACCCUUUACCCACCGUCGAGCACCGGGGGUACGGAGAGUUACGAUUCGAUCUGGUCGUCGUAUGAUGGCAUAGCGAAGAAUGGCGAUGACAGUAUGGAUAUCAUUCCGAGGAUCGCUAAAACGAUGGAUCUCGGGCCAGAGUUGAUUCUCCCCAUUAUUGCCGGUAUCAUUCUGUUGCUAGCACUUAUCCUUAUCUACUGUUGGUUCUGUGUGGUGAAGAAACGGCACGACACACACGACGACGAGCAGAAGAAACCCAUCAAGUCGUUCAAGAGCGACACCAAACUAACGUCAAGCCAUAGUGUGAUCGUAACGGCCGCCACCAACGGAGGAGCGGGUAAUGGUUCGUCACCGUCGUCUAAUUCUACCACGUCGUCUUCCUCCUCGCCGAACCACCACGGACACCAACCAGGUCAGACGACACUGCCUCAGUCGAACUCCUACGAUCUCGGACACCUUGGCGAUCAUCAGACGGUUGGCAUUCCGACCAUCUACAACAUCGACGACGAUGUUCUGCUGGCCAAGAAGCGUUACAGUGCCGUCAUAAACAUGGGUCCACCGACGCACCCAAUGGAACAGCAGCUGAUCGAGGAACUGAAGCAACAGCAACACAUCAUCGACACGCAAUCGUUCAUCCUACCGAACCACCAUGGCUCGGGGGGGAUCCCCGGGGUGGUCAAUGGGAAUGGCAACAGUCAGAAUAAUAACAAUUGCAGUGUCAGCAUCAUCUCAACCACUUCCAACAACACCACGCUGACGCGAACGUACAACCCGAAUGCGGCACCCGGCACGAUCAUGGUUGGAGGUCGCACCCUCAGCCCGUACGAGUCCUGGUCUGCGUCACAACUCCUCCAGGAGCACGAACAACAUCAGCAGCAGCAUCAACACGCUCCCCGCCGCCAUAGUCCACCCCUGAUCGACGAUCUCAUCGACAACAAUGUGGUUCAGCAGCCAUCGUUCUACGGUCAGCAACAGCAACAGCCGCUGAUCGGUGGCGGUCAACCGCUGCACCCCCAGCACAUGCUCGGUCAGUCCGGUCAGCCCGACCAGAUGUCGCUGCUCAACAACAACCACCUGAACGAGAACGGUUCGCCACCGGUGCCACCACUUCCGAUCUACACGACCAGCCCGAGCGGAGGCGUCCCCGUCGGUAACACGACCUCGUACGUGUACGGCCAAAGCCACCACGGAUCGUCGGUCAGCUCGGUCAACAGUGGGCUCGGAGGCUCGCUGCAAAACGGUGGGGCCACCAUCGGCAAUACCGACACAAAGAAGCGACGCAAUGUGACGAUGGUCUAA